AUGGGCGUGGUGGUGCGCAUUACCCGCCCGCUUCCUGCCCGCUACCCCGCCCGCUAUCCGCCCGCUAUCCGCCCGCUAACCGCCCGCUACCCUCCCCGCUACCCGCCAGUUACCCGCCCGCUUCCUGCCCGCUACCCCGCCCGCUACCCGCCCGCUAUCCGCCCGCUAACCGCCCGCUACCCUCCCGCUACCCGCCCGCUACCCGCCCGCUUCCCGCCCGCUACCCGCCCGCUACCCGCCCGCUACCCGCCCGCUACCCCGCCCGCUACCCGCCCGCCACCCGCCCCCCUACCCGCCCCCUACCCCGCCCGCCACCCCGCCCAGUACCCGCCCCCUACCCCGCCCGCUACCCCGCCCAGUACCCGCCCCCUACCCGCCCGCUACCCGCCAGCUACCCCGCCCCGCUACCCCGCCCGCUUCCCGCCAGCUACCCGCCCGCUACCCGCCCCGCUACCCGCCCGCUUCCCGCCCGCUUCCCCGCCCGCUUCCCGCCCGCUUCCCGCCCGCUACCCGCCCGCUUCCCGCCCGCUAACCGCCGGCUACCCGCCCGCUUCCCGCCCGCUUCCCGCCCGCUUCCCGCCCGCUUCCCGCCCGCUACCCUCCCGCUAA